GAGGCUCACACCUCGAGUUUGGGUCUCCGCAGCGCCCGUAGUUUUGAACUUUCACCGCUCCUGCGGCCGGCGCCGGGGGAUAGCACGCAUGCGUCUUGUCUUCGAAUGGGUGGCACCCUUAUCCUCGCGGUGGCGGCAGGAACCGUGGCCGUGCUGUUGGCAGUGCGCCUAUGGGUAGUGCUGCGUCCCCGUGCCGCUGUGCCCCGGCGGUCUCUCAGCCUCUUGGUAGUGGCUGGGUCCGGUGGUCAUACCACUGAGAUCCUGAGGCUGCUCGAGAACUUGUCCGAUGCUUACUCUCCUAGGCAUUAUAUCAUUGCUGACACUGAUGAAAUGAGUGCCCAUAAAAUAAAUUCUUUUGAAGUAAAUCGAGCUGAUAGAAACCCCAGUGCUAUGUUUCCUGAAUACUAUAUUCACCGCAUUCCCAGAAGCCGGGAGGUCCAGCAGUCCUGGCUGUCCACGGUACUCACCACCUUGUACUCUAUGUGGCUCUCCUUCCCCCUGACUCACCGAGUGAAGCCAGAUUUGGUGUUAUGUAACGGACCAGGAACAUGUGUUCCUAUCUGUAUAUCUGCCCUUCUCCUUGGGAUACUAGGAAUAAAGAAAGUGAUCAUUGUCUACGUUGAAAGCAUCUGCCGAGUGGAACAUUUAUCCCUGUCCGGAAAGAUUCUGUUUCACCUCUCCGAUUACUUCAUUGUUCAGUGGCCGACUCUUAAGGAGAAAUAUCCCAAAUCUGUCUACCUCGGGCGAAUUGUUUGAUGAAUGACAACUUACUUCUUUAGAAUUUUGCAGUCAACAAUAUUUACUAUAAAUGGGGAACAAAAAACUGCAUGUUUAUUGUACACUAUAAAUGGGGAACAAAAAACUGCAUGUUUAUCGUAAAAGCUUUUGAGAAUCCUGAGAAUUAUUGGUGGUCAAGAGUAAAGAGAUGUAUAAGUAACCCAGUGAGGAAACUGAGGUUGCUUUUAUAAAACAAACAUUAAUAAACCAUUAAGUGUUUAUGCCUCUGUGCUCCAAAUUUCCA